AGCAUUACGGCAGAGGAACUGGGGGAGCACUGAGGAGGGGCGUGCUCCAAGCUGGAGUUUAUCACAAUCUCUGGAGAGUGAUGAACAGGAGGGGGGGUGUCCACACACACAGCAGCAGACACACUCCUCACACACUGUGUGGGGAAGAGAUAUAAAAGGGCUCCCAGGGAGCAAGAGUGGUCAGGCAAGCGUCCGAGUGGCAGUCCUGCUGAUUUCCACACUGCUGUGCAUGACCGAGUGUGUUUAUACGAGUGUGUGUGUGUUUGUGUGUGUGUGUGCACCUGGCUAUCAAAGAGAAGCGCACUGACUCCACUACAAAGGAAUAAACUUUGACUUUUUUUUUUUUUUUCAAAAGAUAAAAGGUGGUAAGGACUGAGUUGAUGGGCGUAGUUGACGAGCUGUUGAAGCCUGGCUGCUGUUGAACCUGAAAAUAAAACGUUGUUUGAUUUUCAGGGGUUUUGGCUGAGUUGUUUACCCCUCUCGCCCUGAGAACUUUUACUUCCACCACGGGGAGUCAAGAGGUGACUCCUGAGCUGUUUGCAGAAGAAUUCAACGGAAGCAGAGAUUUUUCUUCUUCUUUUGACUUUUUUUAUUGUCUUUUUUUGGUCAGUAAUUUGAUGUACUAAGGCAAAAUGGACACCUCAUUUUUAUCAGAUCAAGACUACAAUCUCACCUAUGUGGAUGAGCAUUUUUUCUUUGAGGACAAUAUUAAUGGCUUUGGCAUCACCAUGGCCAUACUCUACUUGGUAGUUUGCAUUCUGGGAAUUGCUGGGAACUCCCUUGUCAUUAUUGCCAUUUUGAAAUUGGACAAAAUGUCAUCUUCCACAACGGUGUACAUUUUCAACCUGGCGCUUGCUGACGGACUCUUCAUGGUUGGUCUUCCCUUCAUAGCGUUCCAGAACUUCCAGAACCAUUGGAUGUUUGGCGACGUAGCGUGCAAAGUGGUGAUGGUUUUGGAUGGCAUCAACCAGUUCACCAGCGUCUUCUGUCUGACGGCUAUGAGCAUCGACCGAUACAUGGCGCUGGCCGACCCGCUUCGGUUCUCCCGGUGGAGAACGCCACGCUGGGCCAAGAUCGUUUCGGCAUUCCUGUGGCUGUUCUCGCUCCUCACCAUCCUCCCCAUGGCACUUCACUUCUCAGCCGAGCGAGGCCUGUGCAUACCUGACCUCGUGUCGGACGCCUGGUGGCUCGGCGUCUUGUCUUACACCUUCGUCAUGGGCUUUGCUUUGCCCUUCACGGUCAUGACGGCCUCCUACGCAGCGCUGCUGCUCACCCUGAGGUCCCAGCGGCUCCGAGCGACGACGCCGAACCAGGAGAGCCACCGAUUGGAGCGACAGGUCACCAAAAUGGUGAUCGCAGUGGUGGUGGUGUUCGGGAUGUGCUGGCUGCCGUUUUACACCUUCAACUUCUGCUCGCUGUAUCAAAGCGGCCUGGUCGUGACCUUCGCCAGAGCUUUUGAGUUUGUGGUCUUACUGUCGUACUCAUGGAGCUGUGCUAACCCCAUCCUCUACGCCUGCCUCUCCGACACCUUCAGGAGGCACUUCCGCACACUCCUCUGCCCUGCCGCCAAGUCAUCUCCCAGCAUGCAGUGCAACACUGAACGGUAUGACUUAAAUGACACAGUUGUGCGCGAUGUCACUAUCCUGGCAUAGAGAGACAAUGAAAAACUGAUUCACCAUUUUACUCCAUUUUUGUAACAAUGCACUGCAUGAUACUUUCCAGCUUAUUUACUCAUUUGAUGGAUCAUAUAUAUGUGAUGAAUUCUGAUUUUUUGUUUACUUUUCCACUUACCUUGAAAUAUAUUGAAGUUGUAAAUAUUUUCAGUGAAUUUCUUGUCCUAUGUCAUCAGAUUUGUUGAAUAUGAGGGAAUUUUGUUCAUCACAAUCUCCAACAGAGUUUUAUCGGGUGUGCAUAGAGAUUAAAAGAGUUUGACUGUGUCUUUCUGCCUGGCUGAAAAGUUGACAUUCUUUUCUCUGUGGAAAUGAACAAAUUGCCAUUUUUCUGACUAAGUUCUUUCACAGAAUGAAAAAAGUAAGUCAAAUCCUCAUCAAACAGCCUGAAACUAUUUGACUUGCCAUAACACAAAUCCCCUGCUUUGACAGAGUACGAGCCGACCUCCUGCUCCGCCUGACUCAGACCUGUUAUAUGUUGUAUAAUUUGUCUUCUAAUAACUCAGAGUGCUGAGGCGAGCUGCUCCACUGCAUCUUCUGUUAUACAGCAUUUCACCAGAACUAAUGAAAUGAGGCACAAGAGACCUCAAGUGCAGACAGGUGGAGUGUAAACAGAAUAACACAAGUCAAAGACACCAGUGCCUAGACAUACUCAUAGAGCUCCUCCACUCUCACAGCUGGAUUAUGUCCGAGCGGCUUGAAGUGUGGGAGAAGUGUGUUUGUGCCUGGGUGGCCAUGAGCAUGCACCUGCACACAUGAUGCAUGUUGUGAGCCAGAGUCGCACUGUGGAUUUCUGCUUGAGCGUGACUCGAAGAGUAUUUUCAAAAGAAACACAUUUGCUCAAAUAUAGAUACUCACCCUUUUUUGGCUCUUUGCUUAAACUUGAUUAUGAUUAAUUUAAUGUAAUACCAUGUAAUGUAAAGGCUUUCAUAUAGAAAUACAGAUCCAUUAAUUUCAGCAAAAACUUCACUGAGCGUAAAUUAUGAUUUUCAUGCAAUAGCACUUACAUGCUUCUCAGUCAUGUGGCUUUAAGAUCCAUUUGUCCUAGGAAUUAAAGGGGUAGUUGAGAUUUUCAAGUGGGGUUGUGUGGAUGGGGGUAGCAGCAAAAUGUAUUUCAGACACCUAAAAAAAGAAAUAAAUAUCAAUUUAAGGGUAAUUUAGAAUAAUUUCACUGUUUUACCUUUCAGACAGAAAGCUGAAGCCUUUAGAGCCGUCUGUGCUCUUCAAAACCGCCAGACAGACAGACAG